CCCCACAGCCUGCCACAGAUUGACUGAACCCUAGAAAAGACGAGGAUCUUCAAAAGGGAGCACUUCACAUCACUGUUAACAGUUUAGUGUUUUAUUACCUGUAUGAUUAGAUUAAUCAGCAUGUAACGGGAAAGUAGCCUUUCUAUUUGGAUUAUGGUAUACAGGAUUACUUAAUCCGUGACGCAGCACAAUAACAAGACAGUGCGCAAUCUGCGUCGCAGGCAGUCUCAUGAGGACAGACACUGUUAAGCAUGUUGCGUUUGCCCGUGGUGAGCCGGAGUCUCUUUCCAGCAGCUGUUACCAAAGGAGGCGCGGCUGCAACUAACAAUGCUCGCACCGCAGCUACAGCAACAGCAGCCGCCAGUAACCUCCUGGAGGUGUUCGUGGAUGGGAAACCUGUCAUGGUGGAGCCAGGAACCACUGUGUUGCAGGCAUGUGAGAAGGUAGGAAUGCAGAUUCCUCGCUUCUGCUACCACGAGCGCCUGUCAGUGGCUGGAAACUGUCGCAUGUGUCUCGUGGAGGUCGAGAAAGUUCCUAAGCCAGUGGCUGCUUGUGCCAUGCCAGUGAUGAAGGGCUGGAAUAUUUUAACUGACUCUGAGAAAACAAGGAAGGCCAGAGAGGGUGUGAUGGAGUUCCUACUGGCUAAUCACCCAUUAGACUGUCCAAUUUGCGAUCAAGGGGGAGAAUGUGAUCUACAGGACCAGUCCAUGCAGUUUGGCAGUGACAGGAGCCGCUUCACAGAGGGCAAAAGAGCUGUGGAGGACAAGAACAUUGGCCCUCUCAUCAAAACCAUUAUGACUCGCUGUAUCCAGUGCACUCGCUGUGUGCGCUUUGCCAGUGAGAUUGCAGGUGUGGAGGAUCUGGGUACCACUGGCAGAGGCAAUGACCUGCAGAUCGGGACCUACGUGGAGAAGAUGUUCAUGUCGGAGCUAUCUGGGAAUGUCAUUGAUAUAUGCCCAGUGGGGGCCCUGACGUCUAAGCCAUAUGCAUUCACUGCCCGCCCGUGGGAGACAAGGAAGACUGAAUCCAUCGAUGUUCUGGAUGCUGUGGGCAGUAACAUUGUGGUGAGCACUCGUGGGGGUGAGGUGAUGAGAAUCCUGCCUCGUAUUAAUGAGGAUAUCAAUGAGGAGUGGAUCUCCGACAAAACCAGGUUUGCUUAUGAUGGACUCAAGAGGCAGAGGCUUACUCAGCCAAUGGUGAAAAAUGACUCUGGCCAGUUGGUUCCUACAACCUGGGAAGAUGCGCUGACUCGAGUUGCUGGAACAUUGCAAGGAGUCGAAGGAAAUGGUGUUGCUGCUGUCGUCGGAGGCUUGGUGGAUGCAGAGGCUCUCAUUUCCCUGAAAGACUUGCUGAAUCGUUUCAAUAGUGACAACCUGUGCACUGAGGAGGUGUUUCCAAUGGCUGGAGCUGGAUCUGACCUGCGUUCAAACUAUCUCCUAAACACUGGGAUUGCUGGCAUUGAAGAAGCUGAUCUACUGCUUCUGGUUGGCACAAACCCACGCUAUGAGGCUCCUCUCUUCAAUGCACGAAUCAGAAAAAGCUGGCUUCACAAUGAGUUACAAGUGGCUCUUUUGGGAAAGGAAGUGGACCUAAGUUACACAUAUGACCAUCUUGGGGAGUCUGCCAAGGUUCUUCAAGAAAUUGCUUCAGGAACUCACCCGUUUUCCCAAGUCUUGGCAGAAGCCAAGCAUCCUGUUGUUGUAGUUGGAAGCAGUUGCCUGCAGAGAGAGGAUGGGGCCGCAAUAAUGGCUGCUGUAUCAACCAUCGCGCAGAAUGCUCGCGUCAGCAGUGGGGUGGAGGAAACCUGGAAGGUUCUCAAUGUGCUUCACAGGGUUGCCAGUCAAGUGGCUGCACUUGAUCUUGGGUACAAGCCAGGAGUGGAGGCUAUCAGAAAGAACCCGCCCAAAGUUCUGUUCCUACUGGGAGCUGAUGCAGGCUGCAUUACUCGCCAGGACCUCCCUAAGGAUAGCUUCAUAAUUUAUCAAGGUCACCAUGGCGAUGUCGGUGCACCAAUGGCUGAUAUCAUACUUCCUGGAGCUGCAUACACUGAGAAAUGUGGCACCUAUGUGAACACUGAAGGCCGUGCGCAGCAGACCAAAGUGGCUGUGACCGCUCCAGGCAUGGCUAGGGAGGACUGGAGGAUCAUCAGGGCCAUAUCUGAGCUUGCUGGAGUGACUCUGCCAUAUGACACCCUUGAUGAAGUGCGUGAUAGGCUGGCAGAGGUUUCCCCAAAUCUGGUGCGAUAUGACAACGUUGAGGAGGCCAACUACUUUAAGCAGGCUAAUGAGCUGUCUAAGGCAGUGAACCAGGCUGUCCUUACUCGACCUUUAGUCCCUCCACAGCUUACUGUGAAGGACUUCUAUAUGACAGAUCCGAUAAGCAGAGCCUCCCAGACGAUGGCUAAGUGUGUGAAAGCUGUCACAGAGGGAGCACAAGCUGUGGACGAGCCAGCCAUAUGCUAAAGCAAAGUGGAUAGCCAUCCAAUCCUUGAAAAAAAUAAUAAUUAUACGCACAACUCCGCUAUUUGCACAUUCCUAGAAACUUAUUUGCACAUUCCUAGAAACUUAUUUGCACUUGUAUUUUACUAUAGUCGAUAUUUUACUAUAGUCGACGCUUCAUCAUGUGCGCACAUUAUAGAACUAACAUACUUUACUAACCUGCUGAAACGUGUAUUUGCUGCUUGUGAAGAUGUGAGCUAGGUUUACCAAAUCUCCAGACAUGUACCCCUGACAGUUCAUGGUUUCACCUGUUAGGACAUUCACAUUUUUAGUAGGUGGGACCAAAGCUCCUUCCAAAGUAAAUCUAGUUUCUUGUCUUCCUGUUAAAAUUACCAGCAUUAAAAGUGUUAAGAUUAUAUUUUCCUAAAGGUAAAUGCAGUAUAUAGUAUUACAAGUGUAGAUAUUUGUGUGAUAUUUAAUAAACAGUUUUCUGUAGCAAGCCUAAUUAAUUUUUGCAAACCCGACUAUUUAAGUUUAUGCUCUUAUUUAAAAAAAAAAAAAA